GGCAUGGUGCAGCGCAAGGGCACAGCCACAAAGAAGAGAACACAGGAUGCGUCACAGGUGCUACUAAGCAUACUGCAUCGUCCGUCACGUAUGUGAACGUAUGUGAACCCCGGCAUUUUGCUUUGCCCUGAUACGAUUGUGACAGCUGUGGCAACCUGUCGUAAAUGCAAACUAUACCCUGGCUGCAUUUAAUGGCGAACUAUUAGUUCGCGCGGUCCCGACAGUGAUGGAGCCAAACAGAGACGAACACGCCCCCCUCUUCUUUCAACGGCAGCCUGUGGCUACGGAGGAAGAGGUCCAGCAAAACGGACGGCCUGUCGCGAGCCGGAUGACAGCCCUGCCCACGGCAGCGGCCAGUUUUGGCGCCAGUAUGCAGAUGCUGACGCGUGGCCGCCGCCGAGCACGUGGCUGCGGCGUCUGCUCCUCCUCGCCGACGAAGCGGCGGCGUGCAAAAGCCGACGGCAGCGCCGUCGCCGAUGCGCUUACCCCCCUCGCCCGCAUAAAAAGCCAGCGCUGCGCGUCCCACGUGCCAUCAUCCCCCGCGAGCUUCGUCCGUCUUCGCCGUUCUUCGAGGUGCGCGCACGUUCAGUCGGCAAAGACGAGCCCCGCUCGAGCCAUACUGCACCCAGGGCACCGCUCUCUCAGUCGCGCACCAGUUGCACCCGGAGUUCGCGCCCAGGAGCCGCCAGCAACUCUCGUCGGAGAAGGAUCGCCGCCGUACGUAACCAGGCUCGAAGAUGACAUCGUCACUGACCUUGGGAGUGCUCUGCGUGUGCCUCAUGAUUGGCACCGCGUGGACCUUCCGGCUGCCGCAAUCUUGCACUGGUCCACAGGACUGCCUCCACGACGAGUGCUGCGUUGUCGGAAUGCAGCGCUACAGUGUGCCACAAUGCCGGAAGCUGGGCCAGAUCGGCGACACAUGCCGACCCUACAAUGUGCCCGAGAACCGCACCCUCUGGUACCCAUACAAUGGAGGUGUCCAGCAGAAGAACAGUGCCACCUACACGCUGCUUUGCCCAUGUGCUGGCGGUUUGCACUGCACAACGGCCCAGUGCCAGCCAGCUACACUGGGAGAUCAGGUCGGCAAUGACCUCACUGGCAUUUAUGAUGAAUACCAGUGAUAGGCAUGCUUUGUCUUCCCAUCCCUGUUUAUACAUUCAAACUUUCCUGCCUUGCCUUUUCCCCCAGUCCACAGCACGGGUUGCUGUGCUCCACAUGAACCGCAUAACACCCAUCCUCAGGUGUUUGACAAUCCUGCAUACCUGUUUGUGGGCCUGCCACCACCAGAGGCGAGACACACACACUAUUACACAUGCAUGCACAUCAUCGGCAGUAAUGGGCUUCACUUUCACUAGACCUUCUCUGAAGGCAAGUGCGAUAGCAUGGCACCUGCUUGUGUGCUAAACACAGCGUGAUCUCAACAUUUGCAUUUAGGUAUGUAUAGACCGAGCUGAACUGCCUCUGUCAUUAACCGCAGCCCUCUCCUGGUCAAAUAACAGGCAUACACACAGACGAGCCUUAUGGACAAUGUACCGGCUUCCCAAAACUUUGCUGGCACGCGGCAAGCACUUUAGCUGUGAUAUGCCUGUAUGUUUUCAUUGUAAUGGAGGUUGUGUGUACUGAAUGUGGCCAGAUGCUGCGCACCAAACAAACGCUGUAGUGCCAUUGCAUCCCAUACUCUGGCUGAUUGAGGACAGGCUAGCUUCAAUGUAAUUGAUAUUUAUCCCCUGCUGGGUAUAAAGUGCCAUCUAUCGACACUGCAGUAAGCGCCAUCCACCAUGCUUAUGGUAUGGCAAAGUAAAUCUGCUCACUAGACCUCGUAGCUGCUGCUUUCAUCUUUGAUCUGUGGUGUCUUCCCAUUGCUGUGUGCUGCUGUGAGCAAAGCAAGGGACCUGUGGCAACACUGGCAACUUGCUAAUAGUUUUUUCAGCAACAAAAUUGUCAAACGCAAGUCAAAUUUGCAUGGAGUACAGUUGCUCACACAGUCGACGUUGCACAGCGAGUGCUGUUGUUAGCAUGUAAAAGCUGAAUUUACCUUCAGACCUAUUUCUCUCAUGUCUGGUUUACUGUGUGGUGCAUAAUAGUUCCACAAAAUAUUUAUGCUGUAUUACUCCUCGCCACAUCAUCGUUCACAUUUGAGCUCAAGGGUAAUGCUAGCUUCUGUAUGAGAAAUGCCUGUUAUAUGCAAUUAUUUUUUUUUAAGUACGAAGACUCUGCUAGAACAUUAAUUUUGUUUUAUGUUUUGAGCAUUUGAAAAAGCAUGAAGGUCCUCCAUCUUUUUUUUCUGUACAAUGGGAUGUUUUGCAAGUGGAUUUAGAAACAUGUAGCUGGUUGGUGAGGCAUACACUUGACAAUUUUUUUUUAACGAUAAAUAUUAAGAAAACUCCAAGAACAGAAGGCUAUCUUCACGAAAUGUGCACAAUGGUUCGUACUGAAGCAUAAAUGUGCUCUGAAGCAUUAGCGUAGGUAUACAGAUGGUACAGUUAUUACAAUUUAUUCACUGAAGUUAACACUUCAGCAAAGUUCAUGAAGAUAUUGCCAAAAUAAAAAUCUGUUCGCACAUUGAUGCACAUUGCUACUGCACGUCUAUACAGCAGUGCACAAGCUGUACACAAAUAAACAAGGCCCCUGUGCUCUAUCCCCAAGUUGCCACUGCUUAACCCGCAAUGUGCCGCUGUAUCUUCUGUGUUUGUUUUUUGUACUUUGGAACUUGCAAUCUGUCUCCCACCUCAUCACUACACCAUAGUAAUCUGGCAAAGCUACCCAUGUCCAAUGUUUUCAUGCCAUCCUGCAUAGUGCCGAAGUAUACCAGACAAGGUUUCCAUUUAAAUGCACCAAUGCUCAGACAUGAGUUCACAAUUCUAGCUCCUCUAUCUCCAUUCUUUCUCUAUUUGAGACUUGUAGUAGAGCCUAGUGUCAUACUCUGGCUUUGUCACCAUGUGCUGCAGGACAGCACACUCAACCUUGGCAUUCCAAAUGUUGUUCCAAAAAAAAAAAAAUUGCUGUGCAUUAAUUCUGGUGUGUCAAUUACACAUAGCAGCACAUUUCUAUGCUGCAACCCACUCUAAUAUGUGCAUUUUGCACAAAAUGUGAUUGGGGUGGGGGAAAGCCCUGCACGUAGUUAAAUGCAUAGGCAAGAGUUUCAUCUUCACAACAUGGGCCAGUGAAGUCUGGUUGCCAUAUACAAAAGUUCGCAUAACCAAAAAGGCAGUGCAGUCAAACCUCGCUAUAAAGAACACAAACACCUUCGUUAUAUCCUAUAUUUGUUAUAAGCAUACACAUUUAUAGCAAAACUGCAAUCGAGUCUUUGCAAUAGAAACUUCAACAUGAUGCUUCCUAUGGCACAAUUUUAACGGCCCGUCGGCAGCUUGCACUGCUGAUGCGUGGCAUGUGAGGAAUGCUGAAUUACAGAAUCGUACUUUUCACGAUUGUUACAACCAACCAAGGAGUCGGUGUGAUCAUGUGGGAUCGGCAUGUUGGCUUGCCAACUGCGAGGCAGCCAAGUCUCUGGCCAAGCUGUGCACAUAUUUAAUUGUGCCUUGAUUGAGAAACUGGACACAGUUGCUCUAUCGAAGUAUUUUACAUUUUCACGACCAGAAUACAUAUUAAGAGCUGCGAGUGAACAGUUACUGAUUUUGCCAUAACUGAUAUUGUCUCAGAUCUUGCAUUUUAGGUUGUUGUAGCAGUAGAAUACUUCUUGAAAUAAAACAUAACCGACCAAAUUUUUUUUUUGAAUUUUCAUUAUGUAAUUUGUUAUAUUCAUGUCCAACUGCAUAUACUGUGGUAUGUUUUCACAGUUGCUUUGUGAUGACUGCUGCUGUGAUUUCUAUUACAAGCUCUGCUGGAGGUGAGGAAGACCAGCUGUGGGCUGUGCACUGUUCUCUAGCCAGGAUUGUCUAGGCUCCUGUAAUGCAUAGCUGGUCACCAGGGCAUAUAUUAUUUUGCAAGACCUUAGAUUGCUGUACUUGCCAUUCGUGACAAGAAGUUGUACGAAGGCAAGGUUACAUAUUACACAUCAACAGACAUUAUCAUGUAGCAUAAUAGGAACUUGGGAGGAAGCUUUCGCUUGGGUGCUUGUAUCUUACGUGUAUUUAAAGGAGAAUUUGUUUUUC